GGGAGUGGAACAGAACGCAAGGUGAAGUAUCCAUGACGACGAAUAACAGAGGAGCAUAGAGUGAAAGCAGAGUGUGAAAGACGUAUAAAGACGUAAAGACGAUUUCAUAUUUCUUUAUUUUAUUUUGACCCUUAUAUAAUAAAAGUGAUAAAUACAACAUCUGAUUUAAUUCCUACAAAUUGGGGGCUCGUCCGGGAUAAAUAAAAUUAAAAAAAUCUCGGAGAUUACGGCGGAUGAAGACGGAUUUUUAUAAAAGGAACAAGACUGACAGUUGCAAAUUUUACAAGAAAAUUUUUCUUCGCAUCACAACGCCUUCAGGUCUGAACAUAUACCAUUUUAAGACGUAACGACGACGACAAGAAGAUGCCACGGACGACGACGGGAGAUGACGGGGAGGCAGUCGGAACAUCAGGACCGCUCACGUACACGGAGGAGCUGGUAACUAAGUUCAGUGGGUGCGACCAGACCGAUUCCGCAGCACGGUGGGCGCAGGAGGUCGAUGACAACGCCGAGAUCUUCGGGUGGACGGAGCUGCAGCGGCUGAUCGUGGGGCGCAGGUCACUGACCGGUACGGCGGCACUCUGGCUGCGUUCAGAGAAACCCUUCAAGACGUGGGAGGCUCUGAAGACGGCGGUCACCAAGGAGUUCCCAGAUACCGUAGAUUCCAAGACGAUCCAUGAGUUAAUGAGCAGCCGGAAGAAGAAAGCAAAUGAGACGUGCCUAGACUACAUGCUGUUAAUGAAAGAGCUCGGCAAGCGAGGCAAGAUGCCCGACUACGUCGCUAUAAAAUACAUCGUGGACGGAAUACUAGACGACGAGUUACAUAAGGUGAUGCUGUACGGCGUGACGACCUAUGGGGAUCUGAAAGAUAAGUUGAAAGUGUACGAGACCAUCAGGCAGAAGUCGAGCGGAAGACGGGCACCGGUCUUCAAUCGUCUACCUACUGCAACUACACCCGCAGGCCCCGCAGCAGCUGCACUCGCGCCAGGCAACAGGACGACGGCCGUGCGACUGUGCUACAACUGUGGAGAGAGUCAACACAUGUCAGCAGAUUGCCCGUACAGACAGAGAGGUAUUAAAUGUUUCCGCUGCAACGACUUUGGACAUAUUGCUACGCAGUGUCAACAGCCAGGCGGAAGCGGCAACUGGCGGAGCAACGACGCGUUUGGACGAGGACGACCUGGUCUGCAGCAACCUCAGCGUGGGCCGAGGCGUUCAUUGUUCACCAUGCCUACGGAGUCAAACGACGAAAAUUCAGCAGCGAGUCGGAGCGACCAACGAAAUGACAAUGGCGCAAACGGUAUGACAGCCAGUGACAGUUCAAACUGUAUGGACGUCAACGUCAAGAUGACAGAUGCGAAUGCAAAUGUAAACAAACAGACGGAAAGACGAAAGCCGAUGAAGACUAUUGAAAUUUCAGACUGCAAAAUGACUGCUUUAAUAGAUACGGGCAGUGAAGUUAACUUGUUAACCGACGAAUACUACAAACUGAUAGGUUCUCCUAAGUUUGACGAGGGACAUGUGAGUGCUUUGGUGGGACUCGGACAAUUAGAAGUGAAACCCCUAGGGAAGGUCACUUUAAGUGUGAAGAUAGAUAAAGAACAUUAUAAUAACGUAUUGUUUCAUGUUGUGAAUAGAAGUUGUUUGCCGUACGAUGUGAUAAUUGGUCAAGAUUUUUUGAGAAGAAUGGUAUUGAUUAUGGAAGACGGACGCGUGAGUUUACGUAUGAAAGAUGACGAAUGGAUGAAACAAGUAGGGUGUUAUACGUGUGAUUCUGUGGUUGUAGAUUACAUUGGUGAUAUCCAGUACAAGGAGCAGGUGACGGAGAUGGUAGAGAACUACCAGCCCCUACAGGUCAAGGAGGCUCCCAUACAGAUGAAGAUCGUGCUGAAGGAUGAUAUCCCGGUGGCUCAGCGGCCGAGACGUAUUUCACUAGCAGAGCAAAAGGUAGUAGAAAACCAAGUAAGAGAGUGGCUGGACGACAACAUUAUUCAGGUGAGUUAUUCAGAGUAUGCUAGCCCUUUAGUUUUAGUUAAGAAGAAAGACGGGGACACCAGAGUCUGUGUAGAUUAUAGAUUGUUAAAUAGGAAAAUGGUGAAAGAUAGAGGUAGGAAGGAGAGUCACAAGUACAAGGAGGGAGACUUGGUGGCAAUUAAUAAUAUAAUAAUAAUAAAUCAUUUAUUUCAGACCAAAAUACAUAGUCCAUAG